GCCGUUACCCAACACUUUAUUCAUUCUCACGUGUAGUUGGUUAAACUUUUGUUUUCGCCCAAUAUUAGCUUACUUUAAUAACUGAAAAUGAAGCGCUUAACCGACGAACGUGCCAAAAUCCUCUUUGAGAAGCUGUCCAAAUACAUUGGAACGAAUGUGAAGCAGCUGAUUGACCGCCCAGAUGGAACCUACUGUUUUAGGGAGCACAAGGAUCGAGUUUACUACGUUUCUGAGCGCAUCCUAAAGCUAAGCGAGUGCUUCGGCUAUAAACAAUUGGUUUGUGUUGGGACCUGUUUCGGGAAGUUUUCCAAGACCAACAAGUUGAAGUUCCACAUCACCGCACUUUAUUAUCUGGCCCCCUAUGCCCAAUAUAAGGUGUGGGUGAAGCCCUCAUUUGAGCAGCAGUUCCUCUACGGCAACCACAUCCCCAAAUCUGGACUAGGUCGUAUCACAGAGAAUGCCGGGCAGUACCAAGGCGUGGUAGUGUACUCCAUGAAUGAUCUGCCGCUAGGAUUUGGUGUCUUGGCCCGUUCAACCACAGAUUGCAAAACCGCCGAUCCUCUGACCACUGUUUGCUUCCAUCAGUCGGACAUUGGAGAAUAUAUCCGCGCUGAAGAUACGCUUUUCUAACUGAAGAAACUCUUAUAACGAGUUUAUUUAGAUUUUAAGUUCUAGAAAGUCUUUUAAUGUUUUUAGAUGUUAGUAGCUAUUAUUUUUAGGUAAAUAAUAAGUCUGCUGAGAAAUUGAA